UAGAUGGCGACACAAGCGACCCUGCUCUAUUGCGUUUGUUAGCUCUGGCUGUCAGAAGUAAUUUCGGAAAUUCUCGAUAUUUAUAGCAAAAAUGUAUUCAUUUAUGACUGUGGUGCAGUUAAAAAAUGAAUUGCGACAGAGAAAUGCAUCUGUAACUGGUAAAAAAGCUGAUUUGAUCGAAAGAUUGGAAGCGUAUGACCGAAACUUUAAUUUUGGUGCAGACCCUGGUCCUAGUGAAGAUCCUAGGUACGAGUGCCCGCCUGUGUCGUGCUUUAAGGAUAUUAAUGCCGAUUCGCCCAUUCCACCUUUAGAUAGGCACGAAAUUCAGGCAUAUUUUGAAAAAUUUAAUGCCCAGAAUAAAGGCAAAGAUAUGUACGAGUCUCGUUGCCUGCUAACCGCUAGAUAUGCUUCGGUCGGGGCGAGUACUUACUUUCAAGGGCAGUGUAAAGCCCAAAUGAAGAAAGUUACUUACAUAGUGAAUGUAAAAGUGUCUAAAGAAGGUAAUAUCGAACAGGCCAACUGCGAGUGUGCUGCUGGCAGUGGUAUUGAAGCUCAUUGCAAGCAUGUGUCUGUUUUAUUAUGUGCAGUGGAAGAUAUGUGCCGAACUAAGACCAUUAUGGUACAUCAAGUGACAACACAAAAGCUGAUGACGUUCAAAAGACCUCAUAAGGUAUUUUAUAGGUCGCCUAUUCAGGCACAAAAUUUACCAAUGAGCAGGCCAAGAAAACAAGCUGUAAAUUUUAACCCACUCAAGAGAGAGGAUAUGAUGGAGAAUUAUCAAGAUUAUGUCCACAAUUUGGCCAUCAACUUUGGGAAGUCAACAAUGCCCAUACUCCAAACAAUUAAACCAGCGAAUCCUUAUGCUAUCGAGUGGGAUCAUAGCAACUACACCAACCGUAAUGAAAAAGAAUUGUUGCUAGAACGGUUACUUUUAAAAAAUGUGACGCCGGAGCAAAUAGUGAAUACAGAAAAAGCUACUAAGGUGCAGGAUAAGUCAAAAGAAUGGCACAACCUUCGUUGUUGCAGGGUAACUGCCAGCAACUUUCAUGUAGCUUGCCAUGCUACAACAGGCAAGGAUCAUUUGAUUCAGAGAAUAAUGAAUCCAAGGGCUAUUCACACUAGAGCUAUCACUCAUGGUAAAAUCCAUGAAAGCACCGCUAUAGCUAAAUAUGAAGAAUACUUUGGAUUAAAAGUAGAGAAAAGUGGACUGCACAUAUCUGAGGAGUUUCCGUUCCUGGCAGCUUCACCAGAUGGUCUCUUAGGCGAUGAGACAGUCAUUGAAGUUAAAUGUCCCUAUGCUGCAAGAUAUAUGCCUAUAACUGCUGUCACAGUUCCAUACCUUGAAAGUAUUGUAGGCAAACUGCAUUUGAAAAGAAACCAUCCAUAUUUUUAUCAGAUACAGGGACAGCUAUAUUGCUCCAAAAGAAAGUAUUGUAAUUUAAUAAUAUAUACUUUUAAAGAAAUUCAAGUCAUCUUUUUGCAGCGAGAUGAUUGCUUCAUUAAUGAAAUGGUUACAAAACUAGUAAUUUUUUUUGAAAAUCAUUUAAAACCAGAAAUAAUAAAUAAAUAUUAUUACAGAAAUUAUGAUUUAAUAAAACCAUAAAAU